AAAAAUCAUAAUGUAGACUAGUGAUGAAAUGAUUGUUGUCAAUGAUUGAUUGUCAGUCGUUUAGAGCUCUGUGUUGCUACUAAUCGAUUGCGAAACAAAAGUCACCAAUAUCGCCGACUAAAACACAAAUAAUCCGGAAAUCAUUUAAAUUUUGUUCAGAUUAAACUCAAGUGACCUGUCAGUAUUGCAAUCGGUUGUCGUCCAUCGUGCAUGAACAAUUGUUUAUUUUUAAGGUGGGUCGAUCCUCAUGUGACUUAUCAAUAUUAAUGGUUAAAAGUGCAAAAUCUGUAUUAAUAUCCAUUCAAAAUAGAUAAAUUUAAUCAAUAACCAAAGAAAAUGUGUAUGUUGCCACAUUUUUAAAUAUGUCAAGACAUAAAAAAUCGGAAGUAUAUGUUAACAUCAGAAAAUCACACAUUUUUGUUAUACAGAAUAAUUAAAAUGGAUAAAAACUUUUAAAUGUCAACAGUUUAAAAAAAUGUUAAUUCAUAAAUCUGUAUAAAUUAAUUGUGGAUAUUAGGGAAAUCAUGUAAAAUAGACAUACAGUAGAAGAAAUACCAGCAUAGGAGUUAUUGCCCUUGACAACAUUUUUUUAAUUAGAAAGAAUUUAUUAUCUACGGAAAAUAUAAACUUUUUCAAAAUCAAUAGUUUACCAAAAUUUUUAUUUUAUGCAGUGAUUAAAAUUCCUCCGAAAGAUAUAUUUCUAUCAUGCACAAAUUUUAAAUUGAUAAAGAUUUUUGCAAAUACCUAUGACAUCACACGAGGAUCGAUUAACCUUAACUUCUUGAAAACUACCAGUCCAAUUCUUUUCGAAUGUGGUAUGAAGUAUCAUUGGGACAAGGGGGACGUAAACUGUUUCUCCAUAUUUAGAUACUUAAUUAAAAUGACAAACGUUAACUUUCAACUAAAACAUAUUUAAUUGUCUCAAAAAAAUCUUUAGUCUCGUCAUUCAAUUUGAUGUUUUUAUUUUCAAACGCAUUUUCUGUUUCUUUAAAUUCUACCCGGCACAGAAAUUUUUUAGUCAAUUUAUUAGAAUAAAAUGCCCUCAACCGCUUUUUUAAAAUUUCUAUUUCAUAAACCCUGCUUUGUUUCUUCUCAACCUAUUCCUUUUUAAUCUGAAUCUCUCGGGACAUCUUUCCUUGAGGACGAAAAGUCGUAUUUGAAUAUAGAGACAUCUCCGCACAUGUGUCGACACCGAAAAAUGGCUGUUUACGAUGUAAUUUAUUAAUUUUAUAGACGCAUUCUUAUCUUCAAUUAAAAUAAACUGUCUUUUUUUUUCAAAUGAAAAUAAAUUCAGUUUAUAUCUAUUUAUCCGCAACAUAACUUUACACACAUUAACAUCGACUAAAUUUCGUAAAACAUCACUUCCGACAGCGACUAUUUAUUAGAACUAAAAAUAGAGAUGAUGUCAUCACGCGGUUCAAUGUUGCUUGUUAACUCUUCACAGUGAUUUUCUUAGUUAAGAAUAAAAUAUAUUAUUGUUUAUAAUAAAGUUUCUUGUUUAUUUUGUCAACACGACCAGUCGGACUAGUAAAUCGACAAUUUACCCGACUGGAACUAUCAUCUAGUAGACUCGGUCGGUCGGACGUGCCUUAGUGUCAAACCCUGUACGUGUAUGUCAAACUGGAUCAAAGGUUUUAGCACAAACAAACAAAAUGGUGAGAGAAUUAACGGUAAUAACAACGACAUUCAACAGUCAGAUAAAGGAGUCGGACUUUGAUAACUUUCAGACAUUGUGAUUAUAAAUAAAUUCUAUAGGGAACAAAGAAGAAUUCAAAUGUUGUUUCCAUAUGUUUAAUGAUUCUGCUAUCUAUGAUCAAUCUAUCGUUCCCACUAAGGUCCACAAACACCUCUGUUAACGUCUAAAAAGCAUAUCGAAAUAUACUAUAACUGACUUAGCAUAUCAAACCGUAAUGAUCUAAACAAAUCAAACACUUGUCUGAAUUUUAUAAAAGCAGAAGAUAAUAAAUAUGAGACACCGGAGCGAAUAAAACGGUUUUAAAUAGAUAUUCAUUCAUUCAAUAAUUUAAUAGUAAAAUAAUCAUGACAUGGAAUUUGUUGUUUUUUUGUGAACCUACUGUAAGAUUUAAAGCUUAAAACUAAAACUUGUAAACUUAUCGUUUAUGAUGCAAUAGGUAAUAAUAAGUUUUGGCAAUAAAUCUUUGACAUUUAGACAUUGACAGAGGUGUCGUCGCAUAUCUCAGCAUUUAAAAGUUAGGAUCGCAGGUUUUUCAGAUGAAAUGUGAAUAUUCAUGUAAGAAUGGACUUUAAAAUCAGAGGUCCCGUGUCACGACUGACAUUGGCACUUAAAAGCUUCUUCACUACUACUGCCCUGAGUCUAAAUUCGUGGGACUUCUGCCACUGGUGAAGUCUCAAUAUGAGUGUAAAGUUAUUGACGGGACGUAAAACGCACACUGUUUAUUAUUCUCAUGUAAAAUGGUAAAAAUAACGAAGAGUGGUCAUAAUUCUCUAUAUUAUUUCACACAAAAUGUAUCAGUAGAAUUCUCUAUAUUAUCUCUACACAAAAUGUAUCGGAAUAAUUCUCUAUUUUAUCUCUAUAUACAAAAUGUAUCAGAAUAAUUCUCUAUAUUAUCUCUAUACAAAAUGUAUCAGAAUAAUUCUCUAUAUUAUCACUAUAUAAAAUGUAUCGAAAGAAUUCUCUAUAUUAUCUAUCUACAAAAUGUAUCAGAAUAAUUUUCUAUAUUAUUUUUACACAAACUGUAUCAGAAUAAUUCUCUAUAUUAUCUCUAUACAAAAUGUAUAAGAAGAAUUCUCUAUAUUAUCUCUACACAAAAUGUAUCGGAAGAAUUCUCUAUAUUAUCUCUAUACAAAAUGUAUCAGAAUAAUUCUCUAUAUUAUCACUAUAUAAAAUGUAUCGAAAGAAUUCUCUAUUUUAUCUAUCUACAAAAUGUAUCAGAAUAAUUUUCUAUAUUAUCUCUACACAAACUGUAUCAGAAGAAUUCUCUAUAUUAUCUCUACACAAACUGUAUCGGAAGAAUUUUCUAUAUUCUACACAAAAUCUAUCGGAAAAAUUCUCUAUAUUAUCUCUACACAAAAUAUAUCAGGAGAGUUCUCUAUAUUAUCUCUACACAAAAUGUAUCAGAAGAACUCUCUAUAGCUUAACUUGUUUUCCUACAGGUGAGAAGACUUGGAUGAAUUGACAUCACAGAGAAGGAAGACCGGAAGCCAUUGUUAUAUGGUGGUACAAUGUGAUAGCAGUUAGAUUUAUCAGCAUCACAAGAUAACAGCUAGAUAUAGCAGCAUCACAAGGAGAGAAGAAUGGAAAACAUGUGGUGGUUCAUACUGGACUUUCAUGAGGUCCUGCAGAACUGAGAAAAGGAAGUCGACGUCAAAGUGAUUGUAUUCCUAAAGACCCCGACCCUCCACAUCAUGGACACACUAGGACUCAGCUUUCAACUAAAAGUACGACAAUGUUCUCAAUGUCAGAGGGACACUGAAUUUUACUGUAACACAUGUAAACGUGAUCUGUGUUUACAUUGUAAAAAGAAACAUGUUACAGAAAAUAACACCAAAUAUCACAAUGUAGUGUUCUAUAUAACUCGUCAUACUGAGAGGAGUUUUACCACACAGUGUAAACUACGACAGUGUUCUCAAUGUCAGGGGGACACUGAGUUCUACUGUAACACAUGUAAACGUGAUCUGUGUUUACAGUGUAAAGAGAAACAUGUCAUUGAUCUAGAUACCAUAUACCAUGAUGUUGUGAUUUACCGUGAGAAGUUUAAUUGUUUCCCUUUACGAGAGACCUGUGUCAGACAUCCAAAGAGAAAAUACAGAAUGUUCUGUGAUCAGUGUAACUAUUCCGUGUGUAAGCGCUGUACAGACCACAGAACACACGCGCUGGUGGAUCUUAGAACAGCCUAUCAAACAAAGCGACAACAACACAGAGAAAUCAUUGACACCAUCAGAAGUGAGACUCUCUAUAACUGUCGUGUUCUCCUGGCAGGAAUCCAAACUGAUAUCCAAACUUGUCCCCCACAAAUCUGUCACCGUCAAUCACAGAUGUCAACAAAAGCCCAGAGACUGAAGGAUCUGAUUGACACUGUGGUAUGUGAUGUUAAAACAAGAUACCGAGGUUUAUUGAUUGAUAGAAUACAACAACAGAAGAGAAAAAUGAACAGACAACUUGUUCACCUACAGAACUAUGAAGACAGAUAUGAACAAUCAGCAAACAGAGCGGUACAAUUCCUCUUGUUUAUAAAGACCAGUCGUGUCCCCCAGAUAAAGAACAGUCCUAGUCAGUUAUUGAGUGUCAUCACAGAAAUCCAAAUGACAACAGGAAAACGACAAGUAGGAAUAGACGAGUGUGUGAAACUGAUGUCCACACCUGUAUUACACACGUCUGUCUGUGUGACAGGUGUUAGUCAUGUGUUACACAUAUCUCGUGUGAUGUCAGACCGGGUCUGGGUCUCUGAUAACAAACUCAUCUUGACAGACACAACAGGAGACACUAUACACCAUGUGACAGAUAUAGCACCAUGGUAUAGAGGAGGACACACAGUGAACAGUUCUGGUGAACUGAUUUAUAUAGACAGGAAACAUAACAUCAACAAACUGUCUACAGACAAUAAAACAGUCACCAGACUGAUACAGAGUACAUCACCAUGGAGACCAGUGUGUGUGUGCUGCUCCCCGUCCACUGGAGAUCUGAUGGUGGCGAUGUAUAACACUGAUACAGAGACAGCCAAGGUAACCCGGUACAACAGUAGUGGUCAAUACAUCCUGACCAUAGAACACGACAACACAGGUCACACUCUGUAUAGUUAUCCUAUCUAUAUCACAGAGAAUAAUAACGGUGAUAUCAUUGUGUCUGACUUGUCACGUGGUGCUGUAGUGGUGACAGAGCGCGGGGGCAGACAUCGAUUCUCCUACACAGGACCUCCAUCAGGAUCAUCACUAGAACCACGUGGAAUCUGUACAGACGCGCUGUCACACAUCCUGGUGUGUGAUUAUAACACCUACACAGUACAGAUGAUUGACAAGGACGGUCACUUCCUGUCUCUGUUACUGACACGACAACACGGGAUAAACACACCAUACAGCCUGAACUAUGAUGAUAAAACUCACCUUCUCUGGGUCGGAUCAUGGUGGACCAACACAGUGUCUGUAUAUAGAUAUCUACAGAGGAGGUACUCUCUGACUGACUAUCUAGACAGUGAGGAAGAGGAUGCCAGGGGAAAAUCUGACUCUGAUGACGAGAACACCAGGGGAAAAUCUGACACUGAUGACAAGGACGCCAGGGGAGAAUCUGACACUGAUGACAAGGACGCCAUGGGAAAAUCUGACUCUGAUGACAAGGACGCCAGGGGAAAAUCUGACUCUGAUGACAAGGACGCCAGGGGAAAAUCUGACUCUGAUGAUGAGGACGCCAGGGGAGAAUCUGACUCUGAUGAUGAGGACGCCAGGGGAAAAUCUGACUCUGAUGACAAGGACGCCAGGGGAAAAUCUGACUCUGAUGAUGAGGACGCCAGGGGAGAAUCUGACUCUGAUGAUGAGGACGCCAGGGGAAAAUCUGACUCUGAUGACGAGGACGCCAGGGGAAAAUCUUACUCUAAUGAUGAGGACGCCAGGGGAGAAUCUGACACUGGUGACAAGGACGCCAGGGGAAAAUCUGACUCUGAUGACAAGGACUCCAGGGGAAAAUCUGACACUGAUUACAAGGACGCCAGGGGAAAAUCUGAUGACGAGGACGCCAGGGGAAAAUCUGAUGACGAGGACGCCAGGGGAAAAUCUGACUCUGAUGACAAGGACGCCAGGGGAAAAUCUGACUCUGAUGACAAGGACGCCAGGGGAAAAUCUGACACUGAUUACAAGGACGCCAGGGGAAAAUCUGACUCUGAUGAUGAGGAUGCCAGGAGAAAAUCUGACACUGAUGACGAGGACGCCAGGGGAGAAACUGAUCCUAAAACAUGUUGACAGCGGUGAAUCUUGGUGUAGAUGUGACAUACGAUUGCCAUUACCAUUCCUUCAGCCAAUAAAUCUGAUCUACAUUUCCUCAUCUAGUGAUGGUGGACAUUGAUUACAUUUCCUCAUCUAGUGAUGGUGGACACUGAUUACAUUUCCUCAUCUAGUGAUGGUGGAUGCUGAUUACAUAUCCUCAUCUAGUGAUGGUGGACGCUGAUUACAUUUCCUCAUCUAGUGAUGGUGGACGCUGAUUACAUUUCCUCAUCUAGUGAUGGUGGACGCUGAUUACAUUUCCUCAUCUAGUGAUGGUGGACGCUGAUUACAUUUCCUCAUCUAGUGAUGGUGGACGCUGAUUACAUUUCCUCAUCUAGUGAUGGUGGACACUGAUUACAUUUCCUCAUCUAGUGAUGGUGGACGCUGAUUAAAUUUCCUCAUCUAGUGAUGGUGGACACUGAUUACAUUUCCUCAUCUAGUGAUAAGGAAAAUUGAUUACAUUUCCUCAUCUAGUGAUGGUGGACACUGAUUACAUUUCCUCAUCUAGUGAUGGUGGACGCUGAUUACAUUUCUUCAUCUAGUGAUGGUGGACACUGAUUACAUUUCGUCAUCUAGUGAUGGUGGACAUUGAUUACAUUUCCUCAUCUACUGAUGGUGGACACUGAUUACAUUUCCUCAUCUAGUGAUGGUGGACACUGAUUACAUUUCCUCAUCUAGUGAUGGUGGACACUGAUUACAUUUCCUCAUCUAGUAAUGGUGGACCUUGAUUACAUUUCAGCAUCUAGUGAUGGUUGACACUGAUUACAUUUCCUCAUCUAGUGAUGGUGGACAUUGAUUACAUUUCCUCAUCUAGUGAUGGUGGACACUGAUUACAUUUUCUCAUCUAGUGAUGGUGGACACUGAUUACAUUUUCUCAUCUAGUGAUGGUGGACACUGAUUACAUUUUCUCAUCUAGUGAUGGUGGACAUUGAUUACAUUUCUUCAUCUAGUGAUGGCGGACACUGAUUACAUUUCCUCAUCAGUGAUGCCUGACAUUAAUUACAUUUCCUAAUCUAGUGAUGGUCGACAUUGAUUACAUUUCUCAGUCAGUGAUGGCAGACAUACAUUAAAGUUGAUCAUUGUAGCAAGUAUUCAUGAUUUUGUGUUGAUUAUAACCUCCAUGUGAUUCAUUGAUCAAACCUUCAUUUUUACACUUUAUUUAUUACAUUUGUAUGUAUUUGCCCCCCCCCCCCCCCCCCCCCCCCCCCUUCAGAAAAGAGGGGCAUAUUGGUUUGCACUUGUCGGUCGGUCGGUAGAGCACAUGUUGUCCGCUCAAUAUCUUGAGAACCAUUCACUUAAUCGUAAUGAUAUUUCAUAUGUGGGUUGGUUAUGAAAAGAAGAGGACCCCUAUUGUUUUUCAGGUCAAAAGGUUAAAGGUCAAGGGUCAGUCUACUCUGGGGCAUAUGUGUUUUACAAACAUCUCUUGUCUAUACAAGUUUUAUGAUUUUUUUGUAAAAGAAUUUUCAAUCAUGUAAAUAUUUUAGAUAUUCUCUAUCUGUAUUAUGCAUGUCUGCUAAAAUAAAAAGAAACGAUUGUGUACAUAAAAAGA